AUGAGGAUCAGACUACGAGCUGAUUUGGGGUUUAAUACAGGCAGACAUACUUGUCCUUUAACGUUUAAAGAGUUUAGAUUGGUAUUAUCGUCUGGCUCGUCAAGAUUAUUUAGAUCAAAGACUAGAUUUAUUCAUACAAAGAUGACCUCAAAACACGAGCACACUAUUGUCAGUUUCAAGACCGCACUGGCUUGGAUCAAUAGUAGACAAACAACUUUGAUUUCUCUGGAUUCGGAAUGGUUUGAACGAAAUAGCAACGUUGUCACUGAAGUUGGCAUCAGUAUCUACAAACCCUACAUACCUCUUGAAGGUCCAGAAGGUAAGCAUUUGCCCGCUCCAUUCCUACCCGACAUAUCCACUCUACAUUUUAUAGUUCAAGGCACCGAAAAAGUUCGAAACAAGAAGUUUGUUCCUGAUAACAAGGAUUUCUUUAUUGGUGGGACUUCAUUUACUGUCUCCAAGAAGGACAUUUCUGCUGUCAUAACCGAGAUAGUCUCACAGUUCGAGUCUACUGAUGACCAAAAGUCAGAGAAAUUUACCAUGAAAUCUCCUCCUCCGGUUGCUUUAGUUGGGCAUAAUCUGAUAGGAGACCUCAAGACACUGAAGAAUGCGGGUAUCACCAUUCCCAUACUUCCAAUCAUAGAUACUCGAGAAUUAUGGCUUAAUCAAGUGAAUACAUCAAAGUCAAACUUAAAAUACAUUCUUCGCAGGCUUGGCUUGCCACAUAGUUUUCUUCACAAUGCUGCAAAUGACGCUUAUUAUACCCUUUUGGCAUCGUUGAAGCUUGCACAAACGAACGUCUCACUUAAUCUUCUGUACUCUGAAGAGGAGUGGGAAAUACCAAGAAAAACAUCAAACUCGAAUGAUUUUCCCAAACCCCUACCACAAGAUAUUCAUCAGCUGCGAGAUAGGCUGAUCAGGAGCAAGCUCGUACGAGAAGAAACAAAAUGA